AUGCGUGCCGCCGCCGUCUACGCUCGCGCUAAGGACCGCUCCGGUCCCGGCGUCCGUUCCGUCGAGGAGGCCGUCAAGAACGUCAUCAGUCCCGUCUACGACAAGUUCCACCUCGUUCCCGACGAGCUCCUCCGCCACGCAGUCCGCUAUCCCGACCGUUCAGUCGCCGCCGCGCACAGCCCUGCCGUCGCCGCUCGGCCCACCGCCUCCGACAUCCCCAGGACGGUUUACGCGAAGUGCGAGCCGUCGGCGAGGGUGCUCUACGAGAGGUACGAGGGCAAGACGGCGGUGGCAUGGCGGCGGUUGAAGCGGGUUUCGACGUUCCCUCGGGUGUCGGAGAAGUAUGAUGAGGCGUUUGUGGCGGCGGCGGAGAAGGGAUUUAGGGUUUGGGGUGUGGAGAGGAUAGCUAAGGUGUUUAGUGAAUGA